CGCCAAGACAGUGGGAGAGGACUGGAACGGAAGGUGCCCGGAACUCUCGCGGCCAGCUGCGCUUCCUGCAGCGGCCAGUCCCCUCAGCGACUUCCGCUUCCGGGUAGCGGCUGCGUCCUGAAGGAGGGUCACGGAGCGGGCAGGUAUGGGGCAUGGAAAUGAACAUGGACAUGGCCAUGGCCACGGCAAAAUGGAACUCCCUGACUACAGGCAAUGGAAGGUAGAGGGUACUCCACUAGAGAAGGUCCAGGAAAUGCUCGCUAAACGGGGUCUUAAAGAUCCAUGGGCUCGUAAUGAAGCCUGGAGAUAUAUGGGUGGCUUUGCAAAACCUGUCACCUUAACAGAAGUCUUUACUAGGGGACUCAAGUGGGGAUUUGCAGCUUUCGUCAUAGCUCUUGGUGUUGAAUAUGCACUAUUUCCUCCAAAGAAGAAUGGAGGCCAUCACUGAAGAUCAAAUAUGACAACUAAAUACUUGCUCAUUACUAAGAGGAAACAGAUGUAAGCCUGCUGCUCACUCUGUACUUAAAAUAUGCGUAUUAAAGUUUAUCACAGGCAAAAA